AUGCUUGACGUUAACGACUUCAUUGCCGAUCGCGGCGGAAACCCUGAGAAGAUCAAGGAGUCACAACGCCGCCGUGGCGCUCCUGUCGAGAUUGUCGACGAGAUCAUUACAGUAUGGGAUGACCACCGCAGGACGCUGUAUGCUGCGACACAGCUCAAUAGCAAGAUCAACGAGACCCAGAAGGCAAUUGGCCUGAGGAAGAAGAACAAGGAGAAUGCAGACGAGCUCCUCCAGGAGAAGGCGGCACUCGAGAAGUCCAAGAAAGAGCUCAUCGACUCUGCUGCCGUGAAGGAGGCCGACCUGAAGGCGAAGCUGAACACCAUCGGCAACAUCGUGCACGAUUCCGUUCCCGUUUCCAACGACGAGGCAAACAACGAGGUCAUUCGGACAUGGGCUCCCGAGGGCGUCGCUGUCGAGAAGAAGGACGUCCUGUCCCACCACGAGGUGCUCACCCGGAUAGAUGGGUAUGACCCCGAGCGUGGAACCAAGGUCGUGGGCCACCGUGGCUACUUCCUCAAGAACUGGGGCACGUUCCUCAACCAAGCCCUGAUCAACUACGGCCUGGAGUUCCUGAUGAACAGGGGAUACACCGCGCUGCAGGCCCCCCAAUUCAUGCUGAAGGGCAUGAUGGCCAAGACUGCCCAGCUCUCUGACUUCGAUGAUGAGCUGUACAAGGUCGUCGACGGAGAGCCCCAGAACGACAAGUACCUCAUUGCCACCUCGGAGCAACCGAUCUCGGCUUUCCAUGCGGACGAGUGGCUGCAGAAGUCGGAACUGCCCCUGAAGUACGGUGGAUACUCUACCUGUUACAGGCGAGAGGCUGGAGCACACGGCCGUGAUGCUUGGGGCAUCUUCCGGGUGCACGAGUUCACAAAGGUUGAGCAAUUUGUGCUGACCGACCCUGAGAAGUCGUGGGAGAUGUUUGACGAGAUGAUUGGCGCCUCCGAGGAGUUCUACAAGUCCCUCGGCCUGCCAUAUCAGAUCGUUGCGAUCGUCUCGGGUGCGCUGAACAAUGCUGCCGCCAAGAAGUACGACCUGGAGGCAUGGUUCCCAUUCCAGGGCGAGUACAAGGAGCUUGUGUCUUGCUCCAACUGCACUGACUACCAGUCGCGGGGCCUGGAGAUCAGGUUUGGCAACAAGAAGCAGACGGACAUCAAGAAGACCUAUGUCCACGCUCUCAACUCAACACUGUGUGCCACCACGCGUGCCAUGUGCUGCAUCCUGGAGAACUACCAGACUGAAGAUGGUCUGAAAGUACCGGAGCCACUGCGCAAGUACAUGCCUGGCGCUCCCGAGUUCAUUCCGUUCACCAAGGAGCUGCCCAAGGAUUCUACUUCUCAGAAGCAGAAGGCAAAGGAGAACAAGGCCUCCAAGCCUAAGGAUGCGGCAAAGGGUGCAGCUGGCGCUGCGGCUGGCGCUGUUGAGAAGGUGGCAGAGAAGCUGAAGGAAGCCUCUGUCUAG